CUGUGAGAAUUUUAGGUUUGGGGACUUUGGGCUCAUUUUAUGUAGGCCUUAACAAUCUUUUGGCUCAUUUUGAAUAAUUUUUAUUAUGACUGCGAAUACUUCUGUGGUGUGCUUCUUGAACUUGAAGAAGCAGAAAUGUUUUUGUUAGCUGCAUUAUUAGCAUAGUAAUAUUAGGGCAAGUGCAAAAACCAGUUCUCAGCUUCUCGUUUUCCCUGAUUUCUGGAAAUAACUUUUUAGACGCGUAACGAAGUCAUUUCCUGGAACAAUUUUUCGGCGACUUCAUGAACACCUGCGGGGAACUUAUUGAUGUCAUCGUCAAGCCAUCCUGCUAAGGUGUCGUCAACAGGCACGGGUGCAUCUUCGUCAGAUGCUGGGAGACGCGGAAGUGGAAAUGUCGAUGACGAGUUAUCUUUACGUCGCAGUAGUCGUAUAGCAUCACGAUCGAAUCCUUCCACAUCCAAAUCAACUUCUCGUACGCCAUCUGAAGAACCAACCGCUAGCAGUAACACGAUCAAGCGUCUGUCCACUGUGGGUACAAAGCGAGCGAAACAGGACACGGGCGGCCCUGUGGUUAAAGGCAAGGGCAGAUCCAGAUUGCCGAAGCACAGUAGCGCCGGCAGUAACAAACUGAACGAAGAGCUGAAGCAACCACCCGUUAAACGACCGGUUGAGAGCGAGGACGAAGACGACGGCGACGCUGCUCAGCGAGGACACAAUCUGCGUCCCAGAGCGCAGAUAACGGCACCUCUUCGCCAUCUCCGCAGUCGGAAGGUGGAUAGGUCUCGGGAGGGUGUAAAGCAAACAUCCAAGCGCAUGGGCGCAGCGCUACACAAAGCGGAUUCCGUGGCAGACGUGUCUUCAGACGAGACGACUAACAAGGCAGUGUCGACGAAAUCGUUCCCUGUCACCCGAAGCCGCACCGCCAAGGCUGUUGUUGCACCCACGGAAUCCACAGCAGUAGCAACUGAUAUUGCUGACGACACCAUUGGCAGGCGGGUUCGAAAGCAUCACGUCGAUAAGCGUAAUCCGUCCAAAACAGGAGCGGCAGUGGCGUCAGUGAAGCGUGCUGCCAGUCCGGUGGUUCAAAGUUUAUCAGCUACGUCGAAGAGCAAGAAGGAUAAGGACAAAAAGCCGUCGGUAGCGAAAUCGUUAUCUGUAAAAGCCAAAGCGGCAUCCCUAUUGGGCAAAGACAGUGGCAAAUCUGCACAGCCAGUAGAGCAGCCUAUUCCGACACCUCCUGGUGUUGCAUUGGUUAACAGCAUGGCGCAGAAUAAUUCGAAUCGUUCUGCUGCGAGUGAUUCUGCUGGCCUUGCCAGUAACAUAUUUUCCGCGUUGGGAGAUUUGGAGGCGCUUGGAGGAGACGAAUUUGAUGUAAAUCGGCUGCAGGCAUUGUUGGAAGCCCGUGGACUGCCGUCAUCUCUGUUCAGCAAUCUCGCUCCUCGAUUCCAGCAGAUGCUUGGUCGAAUUGGUAGUCAGGCUGGAGGCAGUACGCAGUGCUACAACAAAUGUACGCAGUUGCUGACCGCACUGAAGGGCACUGAUGAAAGUGCUCAGUUGGCUGCUGCUUCGGAACUGUGUCAAAUGUUAGUUAUGGGUAACGAAGAUACACUGCACGGAUUUCCGGUUAAACAAACUGUUGCCGCACUGACGGGAGUAAUCGCCGGGGAAGGGAAUUACGAACUGGUGACCCAAGCCUGUCGAGCUCUGUCAUACAUGAUGGAAUCCUUGCCGCGCUCUUCUACAGUUGUUGUCGGGGCAAUUCCAGCAUUUUUGGAUAAGUUGCAGUCUAUCGAAUACAUUGACGUUGCAGAGCAGAGUCUGGUUGCUUUAGAAAUGCUUUCUCGCCGACACACCAAGCAGAUACUACGGGCGAAUGGAGUCCAGGCAGUUCUGAAUUACAUUGAAUUUUUUUCUUCGACUGCCCAGCGAAAUGCCCUAAUGAUUACAUCCAGCUGCUGCAGUAAUUUGACGCCCGAAGAAUUUGAAUUUAUUCAACCGGUGUUACCAUUGCUGAGUCAGCGAUUGGCCCAAGAUAGCGACAAAAAAUGUAUCGAGAACACCUGCGCGGCUUUCUCUCGUAUUGUGGAAUGUUUCCGCAACGAUGCCGAUCGUUUACGGGAAGUUGCCGGACAUGGAUUACUGCAGAAUAUACAGCAUCUUCUUAUCACUUCUCCGUCAGUGCUGAGCAGUCAGAUCUUUAUUAUGGUUAUUCAGAUGCUGACUCAUAUUUGCACUGCCUGUCCGGAUUUAUCGGCACACUUGCUCGAUAACAAAAUUACGGAGACGUUGUGUUUCCUGUUGACUGGAUCGUCCACAUUGGGGACGCGUGUGGAAUUGUCAAAGAGUGCUCGAUCACCUCAAGAAGGAUAUGAAUUAAUUCGACUUAUAGUUGCUUUAUUGCCGGAACUGCCGACAGAUGGAAUUUUCGCUGUCGAUGAUCUGCUGCGGAAAGUUUCCGGUAGUAGUGAUCAGCAAGUGAUUUGGUAUUGGAAAGACGAUUCUAAUGCCUGGAUACCGUACACGAAUACAGAGUGCGCAACAAUUGAGAAUGCUUUCCGCACGCACCAGGAGGACGUACUGAUUGAUACUCCCCAGGCUCAGUAUGUGAUCGAUCUGGUGGCUAUGCAUCAGAUUAAUGAGGAUACUGGAACGUCGCGCGAGGUUAAACGACAGGAGGUGGUUCCUGUGGCUAAAUCCCUCCGCCUCUCGGCACCUGUUGCUCAAUCGUGUGAUCCUAAUGUUGCCAUUUUUAUCCGCAACCUGUUCUGCGUGCUGUAUGAAGUGUACAGUACCUCAGCUGGAGCGGCUAUCCGUCAUAAAUGUUCAGAAGCCUUACUGCGCAUGACCUAUCACGCCAGUCCGGAUUUGCUGGCUGGUAUCAUGCAGCGACUGCCCGUAUCUAGCAAUAUUGCUAGCAGUUUGGCUACUAAUGAUAUAAAAUCUGUGAUUCAUGCCAUCCAGCUCGCGGAUCUGUUGAUGCAGAAGCUACCGCAGACUUUUAGUGUUCAUUUUCGCCGUGAAGGUGUGGUGUAUCAAAUGAAUUUGUGCGCGAAAAAUGAAAGUGUCAUAUUCAGGAACCAUAAUAACGACCCCCUGAAUAGUGACACACGAGAGCCCAGCAAUUUAUUGCUUUCUUCGUCUGAAAGCUCGCAGCCCUCAUCUUCGGACAGCGCAACUCCGUCUUCGUCGAAUCGCGGAGACACAUAUGGGGAUAACAGCGCAGGUGGCGGCUCCCCAGCAGCACGCAGUAAAACCCAGACAACGACCCGACGAUCGACUACGCGACGUGGCAAUUGGACAGCUCUUACUACUGGACGACGUCGUCAUCCAGCAGGUCCAACGGAAACUGCCUCGAAUACGGAUGUCGGCUCCAGUCCACCGAUAACGGAUCCUUUACCACCGCCUCCACCACCUACGACGGGGACAACACCGUUGAACCGUAUAGCUUUGGCUCGCAUGCGAUUAGCGAACGAAGGCCGUGCAGUUUUGGAUCGCCUUUCUUCUAGCUUAUCGACUCCAUCCAGUAGUUCCUCUGCAACGCCUUCGGCUCCACCAGCCAGCACGGUUUCAAUGCAGAAUUAUCGUCAUCAAGCUACGGAGUGGAUCAAAGCCCACGCGCAGAAAUUCCUUGUUGACUAUAUACCCGGUUCAAAUUCUUCCCAGUCCGGCUCCUUAGCGGUUCUCAAUGCUUCAGUUGAAAAAUUGCGUACGGAAAAGGAACUCACGGCAUUGAAAGAAAUCAAGCAAGUGAUUCUGGAUGGGAAUGCCUCUCCGUUUGAAGUCAUUCACAGUAAUGUCAUCGGAACACUUUUGCGGUACCUUACGCAGGCGGAAUGGCUGGAUGAUAAUUUCGAUGCUAAUUUAGUCGUUAAACGCGCUAAGCGGAAAGCGAAGUUUGAGUCAACGGGAACGCCUCGCCGCAGGAGGCUUGCAAGAUUUCUGCAUGUGUUUUUCGACGGUCCGUCCGAGGAAGACGCGGAAUCCAGCUUUGUGAACGUGUUCGAUGUCGCUGACUGCAUUGAUUCGGUGCCAGCAUUCAGUGCCCUGGUCUCCAAAUUGAGCGCCUGUGUUAACCAGCUGGAACAGUUCCCCGUACGGGUAAUGGAUUUAACGGUGCCUGGGGUAUUAGGAUUGGGUGCCGCGGGCGGGCGGCAUCCGAUCAUGCGAAUGUUCGCACAUAGUCAGUUGAAGUGUACUCUGAGUCGUCAUCCGGAUGUGACUACCAUUCGGGAAUGGAAGGGAGGCAUGGUACGAGUAGAACCGCUAGCACCCAUUCAUACGAUAGAACGCUAUCUGGUGGCACGAGGAUGCGGAAAAAGUGGGCCAGCGGAUGAUAAUGCGCCGGAUACGGAUGAGGUAUCCGAUGAAGAUGAGCUGGAUUCUAUGUCGAUGGCUGCCGAUGCCGCUCGGGCCAACGGCCGGUAUCGAUUGGAGUUAUUAUAUAAUAACAACGUGCUGCCAUAUAACUGGAGUCUGUAUCAGUGUAUUCGACAUUUUGGGAGGAGCGGUAAUGGAGAAGAUACGGAUGGAGAUUCUGAUUUUGGUGCCGGUCAGAUGGCACUGUUUAGUAACACGCAUACGAUACAUUAUCGAUUGGCACGAGAUGAAGCGGCAGCGCAGUUGGCUGGAAGUGGACAGAAUGAGCAGAAUAAUGACGCCACUCCGAAAGGAGAAGAAGACCGUAAUAAUACGGUAUGGGAAACAGCCAUUUGUCCACCUGUUGAAUCAGCUCUUGAUACGCAGUUAAAUACGAAAUCUGCGGAAUUUGUUACUAUCAGUGAUCCUUCUGUGGAGGUCAUUACAUUGCUGCGCGUGUUAUUUGCGCUGAAUUAUUAUUGGCCGGAAAUUUAUCAGCCCCAGUCGAAACUUCUACCCCGCCUGGGAGAACUGGAAUUUUUGAACAGUAAAUUGGUAACGAAAAUGAAUAGGCAGAUGCAGGAUCCUAUGAUGGUCAUUACGGGUCAAGUACCUUCUUGGAUGACUCAGAUUGCCGUUUAUGCUCCGUUUCUCUUUCCCUUUGAAUCUCGUCUGCAACUGUUUUUUCUUACGGCAUUCGAUCGGGACCGCGCUAUGCAGCGUUUAAUGGACACCAACCCCGAAAUGGCGCUGCACCGUAGCAAUAGUCAGCAGAGCUCGUCCAGUGGACAUGAUCAUGUCUUGCCGCGCAUCGAACGCCGAAAACGCGUGGUUUCGCGGAAAAAUCUUCUCGUCCAGACCCAGACGAUAAUGGAUGAGUACGCCCAUACCCGGCAAUUUUUGGAAAUUCAGUAUCAGGAGGAAGUGGGAACUGGCUUGGGACCAACGCUCGAAUAUUAUUCGAUGGUGUCCAAGGAAUUCCAGCGAACCGAACUAGGAUUGUGGCACGGUGCUUCCAAUCAUAUGUCGACUGGACCUUAUGUUUACGCCCCUUGUGGAUUGUUUCCCAAACCAAUUGGACAAUGCACCCUUAAAGCGCAAAUGACAGAAAUCGAAGGAAAAUUUCGCUUGUUGGGUAAAUUUAUGGCAAAAGCUGUGAUGGACUUCAGAAUGACGGAUAUCCCAUUCAGCCCAGUUUUCUACAAAUGGAUGUUAGGCGAAGAGUCCAAAUUGGGUUUAUCGGAUUUGGCGCAUAUCGAUCCGGAAAUGGCGAAAACUAUGGAAAAGCUUUAUCGUAUUGCACGUCGAAAAAAAUGGCUGGAAUCUGUUAGUGAAAUGGGUGAUCGGAAACGAAUGGGCUCGGAUGAGGAACUAUUGUACGACGGAACAUCAGUGGAUGAUCUGUGUUUGCAUUUCACUUUGCCUGGUUAUGAUGAUAUUGAGCUAUGCCGCGGCGGACGAGAUAAGGCUGUCAGCCUUGAAAAUUUGGAACAAUAUGUCAAUCUUGUUGUAUAUUGGUACUUGAGGGAAGGCGUGUGCCGGCAAAUGGAGGCAUUUAGGGAUGCCUUCAAUGCUAUCAUCCCACUGAAGCAUAUUCACCUGUUCCGUGCUGAAGAACUGGAUGCCUUGUUUUGUGGUCAUGGUGAGCACAUACAGGAAGGGUGGGACGUGCGAACCCUGACGGAAUCUUGUCAUCCCGAUCAUGGUUAUACGGUGGACAGUCAAGCUGUGAAGUGGCUCUUUACAGUUAUGGCCAAGUACAGUGCGCAGGAACGGCGUGAUUUUGUGCAGUUUGUUACAGGAUCGCCUAAACUGCCGGUGGGAGGUUUCAAAGCCCUCAAUCCACCUUUCACUGUGGUGCGAAAAACUGUAGCCGGCGAUCAGAAUGCGGAUCAAUUCCUGCCAUCUGUGAUGACGUGCGUCAACUAUCUGAAAUUACCUGAUUAUUCCAGCAUGGAAAUUAUGGCCAAGCGGUUGGAGACAGCAUGCAAAGAGGGUCAGCAUUCGUUUCAUUUGUCCUGAGCUGGCUAAUCUGUCCUUGUAAUAGUGAUUUUAUCAGUGGAAUCACCGUUGAGUGCUUGGUUAAUAUAGAUUCUUUUUGCUCACUGUGCUUCGAAUAUUAUACGGCUUUGUUCUAAGUUGAGUUGUGUGCAUUUUAUUUUAUGGGUUCUUCUUCUGUGUGUACUACCGUUCAAUACAGUGCGUAAAGCUAAAUUGUCCUUAAAUUUGUCUACUUUCUUUUUACUAAAUAAAUCGAUCUAACGAAAUAAAUCAGCAAAUGGCUAA